AUGUAUCGUUUAUUAACGAUUAAUCGUGUAGCUGUGGAAAAUUGUAGAUUGGCAUUGUAUGGCAGAAAGCAUGCGGUAAUUGGACGGACAUUUGUGGGUUUGUCUAGCAAGGAGCAACAACUGAACGGGCAAAGGAUUUGUUUAUCGGUAUCGAGACAUCAAUUGGUGAAACAAGAUGCACCACGCGUUGUCUAUUCUCAUUUGCAGAAUAAUAUUAAUUCUAAAAUUUUGACAACUUCGGCGCAUGAUGCAGCCUUAACAGCCGGUCAGACAAAUUCAACAUUGUUGGCCACCACCACCGCCACAACAACAUGUGUGCGUAAACAAUCAACAACACCAACAAAUGUUGAAACAUUAGAGAAGAAGAAGAAGAAAAAACGUAAAUUGCGCUAUUCUAAAUACGUUGAAUUGUUGGAAGUCGUCGAUGGAGCCGCCAAUGUUCGCAAAUCGAAGGUACAACGCCUGAGAGCAAAGAAAUUACAGGAUUUUGUUGCAAAAACUCAACAGGAACUGAUUAAGAAAAUUGUUAAUAAAAAGCAAAAGGCAGCAACAGAGGAAGGUACCAAAAAGAAAAGCAAAGCCAAAACGGCACUAACCAUGCAACCGAUUGAAUAUCAAAAAAUCAAUAUGGAAGUAUUGGAUACAUCUCUGCUGGAAGCUGGAAGUUAUGAUGAUAAACCAAUGAUAUUUUUUGGCAAAGACGAUGAGGAUUUAGUAACGAGAAAAAUACUUCAAAGUCCUGAACAAAUUGACAGGAUAACAAAGUCUUUCCAGAAUUUUAGAGAUAUCAUUGAAAGUUUGGAACAGGAGCACAUGGAUCAUGAAACGUUUAAUCUUAGUGCACCCAAACAUGCUAUGCCAGAGGAGAUUAUCGAUCCAUUGGAUUCGUCUGAACCGUAUGUAAAUCCUGAUAUCAUUGAUGAAUCAACAAAAGUUAGUAAAACAGCCAAUGUUACCGAAAAAUCAAAGCCAAGAUUUAAAUCCAAAAUCCAUUUGAAUGAAACCCAAGAACGUUUAGCCAAAGAACGAGCUUUGCGUUUGAAUCUUAACACAUAUUUAAAUGUGUGUGUUUCUGUGGGUCUACUGAAUCGAGCACUAUCCACCCUCCUGACAUAUCGCCAAAAAGCACUAAAGAAUAAUUCUACAAACAAUUUAAUAACCAUCGAUCUGUACAAUAUUCUUUUGCACGGUUACGCAGAAAAAGGCAACUUUGAACGGUUUCGUGACAUAUUCAAACUAAUUGAGGAGGAUGGCUUGCAAUUCAAUACCCAAACUUUUGCCGCUAUUUUUGAAUGUCUUGGUCGUCUCGAAUCUUCCGAAGCCAAUGUUAUGAAUAUACAAAAGGCAAUUAAGAAAGCUGAAGAAAUGGGUUUCACUUUAAGUGAAAUCAUGGAUAAAUCCUAUUUUAUAGCUGAUCAACGUGAUAUUGCCUUAGAUGCCAUACAAAGGGUUUUACCGGAUUUUCAGCCUGCCUACACGCCACCUGUUUUGGAAUAUAAUAAUACUCUGUUGAACACUUUCAAUGAACAAAUUCAACCAGCAACUGAUAUGGAAGUUAAUGCUGCACACUCUCAAGAAAAAGUUCCCGGUUCAGAGAUAAUGAAUUCUAAAAUGGGCUAUAGUAAAGAACAACUGGAAGAAAUGGCCAGAGAACAAUUGAGGAUUGAACUUGAAGGCAGUGUAACAAUAAAAUCUAUUGAAAAAACCAAGGAAUUUACAAACACCGAGUUAUGUCGUGAAAAAUUGAAAGAAAUGGAAACCCAAUGGCGUAGCCAAAUUUGCAAUGCCAUUGCUCGGGAUUUAAAUACCCUGAAAGCCCAAGUACGCUACAAACCCAAUGGAUAUAUGAACUAUUAUACCUAUUUGAAUACCCUGGACAGUUCACAAUAUGCCGAUAUUUUAAUACGUGAAAUUUAUAAACUUGCGGAGGGUUCCGAAACAUUUAGCCCCACUGUGGGUCAAUUGUAUAAAGAAUUGGGACAGAAAGUACAACAGCGUUUCCAAAUAGAGCAGAAAAAGAAAAAUGGUAUAUUAGAAAAAAUUGGUGACAUCUAUAGUUCAUACUGUGAUAUUUGGGAUCAUGGCAAUAGCAGUGAUAAUACCCGUCAAAUGUGGCAACGCUUGGUACACAAAGAACGUGCCACAGGCCCAAGUAUGGACAUAAAAGAAGUUGCCUGGCCAACAAAUGUUCUGACUGGUGUCGGUCGUUUCCUUUAUAAUAUAUUAAUGCGUGAUAUAAAAAUCGAUUCGUAUUGUAUGCGUCAGAAUCAAAAGAGCGGUCAACAAAAUUUACUACCAGCCUUUUAUACACUGUUUCGUAAUCAGGGACGUUUGGUCAAAGAGGAAGUUAAACCACAUCCCGUGUUGGCAAGAUUACUACGUGCUUCGCGUCGCCAAACAUUGACAUUUGAUUCAAAUUUGGUGCCAAUGCUAUGUCCACCUCAACCCUGGAGUACACCACAUAAUGGUGGUUAUUUAUUAAAUAAAUCCGAUUUGAUACGUUUACCCUUACAGGCCAUACAACAAUGGGAACGUAUUAAUUCCAUGAAUCCACAAAAUAUAUAUCCUGCCUUAGAUUCUCUCAAUCAAUUAGCUAGUGUACCAUGGCGCGUUAAUACAGAUGUUCUUGAUGUCAUUAUUGAAGUUUUUCAAAAUGGUGGCGACGACAAACUUGAUGUACCCCAACCGCCUAGCUCUUUACCUGCCCUUCCAUCAAUUCCUAAAAACGAUGCAUCAAUAUCGAAUGCGGAUCGUGCAAAAUUAUUCAAAGAUAAAAUGAUCCAUAGACGUAAACAGGCUGAAAUGUAUAGUUUAUGGUGCGAUACAUUAUACAGAUUAUCAUUGGCGAACCAUUUCCGCGACAAAGUUUUUUGGUUACCACACAAUAUGGACUUUAGAGGACGUGUCUACCCGGUACCGCCACAUCUCAAUCAUUUGGGUUCAGAUUUAGCCCGUUCCAUGCUCAUAUUUGAUCAACCCCAGCCAUUGGGCGUCGAUGGUUUCAGUUGGCUGAAAUUACAUUGUAUAAAUCUCACUGGCCUUAAAAAACGCGAUUCGGUUAGAGAACGUCUCCUCUAUGCCGAAGAAGUAAUGCCGGAAAUUUUAGAUUCUGCCGAUAAUCCUCUUACCGGUCGUAGAUGGUGGGCAAAAUCAGAUGAGCCCUGGCAAACGCUGGCCUGCUGCAUAGAAAUAGCCAAAGUUCACCGUUCACCCAAUCCUGCAGAAUACCUCAGUCGUUUCCCCAUCCAUCAAGAUGGUUCGUGUAAUGGUUUACAACAUUAUGCCGCUUUGGGUCGGGAUAAAGCGGGUGCUAUCAGUGUAAAUUUGGCUCCCUCAGAAACACCAAAUGAUGUAUACAGUGCUGUGGCAGCUUUAGUCGAGAAAUCACGUAAGCGUGAUGCGGAUAAUGGUCUGCACGUGGCAGAGGCUCUCAAUGGCUUUGUUAAACGUAAGGUUAUUAAACAGACAGUUAUGACGACGGUUUACGGAGUGACACGUUACGGAGCACGCUUACAAAUCGCUCGUCAACUAAAGGAUAUUGACGAAUUCCCCAAAGAUUGGGUCUGGCCCGCCUCCACAUAUUUGACAACUAAAACAUUUGAAAGUAUACGUGAAAUGUUCACGUCGACACGUGAAAUUCAAGAUUGGUUCACCGAGUGUGCUCGACUAAUAUCCGGUGUUUGUGGCAAAAAUGUCGAAUGGGUAACACCAUUGGGUUUGCCGGUCGUUCAACCGUAUAAUCGUCAGGAGCACAAACAAAUUCCCAAACCAAAUGUUCGUGUAUCGGAGGUAAUGGCCACCGAUAUGUAUGAAAAACCAAAUGUUAUGAAACAAAAGAAUGCCUUCCCGCCGAAUUUCAUUCAUUCGCUGGAUUCAUCGCACAUGAUGUUGACGUCAUUGCAUUGUGAACGUGCCGGUCUCACGUUUGUCUCGGUGCAUGAUUGCUUCUGGACGCAUGCGUGCACAGUGCCCGAAUUGAAUCGCAUUUGUCGCGAGCAAUUUGUGGCUUUACAUUCACAGCCAAUAUUGGAGGAUUUAUCGGAAUUCCUAAAAGAAAAAUAUAGUUUUAGAGAGGGAGAGUUUAGCAAUGACUAUUCAGCUGAAGACUUAUCGAAACGAAACUUAAAUCGUGUACUUUGUCAAAUGCCCCAGAAAGGCGAUUUCGAUUUGCGCAAUGUUUUGGACUCUGUAUACUUUUUCAGUUAA